UUCAGUCCAAUUGCUUCCCAUUCAGUCUCUUCAAGAGAGGUUCCUAAAUCAGUUCCCCAUGUUGCUUUUAGCCCUCCCAAGGAACUAAAAGAUGUGGAAAUUAUGGUAUUGUAUAUAAGUGUAUGUAUGUGUUGGUUUAUUGCAGCCCAAGGCCAGCAUAAAUACAAAAAGAAAAAGAAACAACAGCAGCAGUAAAGACAUAAAAUACAUAAAACAUUAAUACCUUCAGAUACCGUAUACAAGUGAGGCAAGCCCUCUUGUUUUGUUAGUUGGUGAAAUACAUAAGAUUACAUUGAUAGAUAGUCAAAGACCUAGUUGCCUCUCCUCUCUGUAGCAACUUGGAUGCAAAGGGCCAGAUUUGAAGUUUCUGCAUCCAAGUAGCUCGGAUGCCAAUCAGAAUUGUACCAGGUUUAGCCUCUGAUGCUGGUUUACCUCUUUCAGUAAUGUCCCUCAGUGGGUAAAUCCUUUUUGUCUCCCACUUGAUAUUUGCUUGGGUCUGCAAACAAAGGAUGGUCUAAAACAGGGAAGAGUGGUGAAGUGGGUUGUGCAAAUGUCAUAGCUCAGGGAGGGACACCAGAUUCUCAGUGUGGAGGCCAAGAAGGGGUUACUCAAACUUGCUAAUUUAGCUUCAGUUACCUGUUUAAAUGUAAACCGCCCUGAGCUAUUUUUGGAAGGGUGGUAUAGAAAUCUAAUAAAUAAAUAAAUAAAUAAUAAUAAAGGGGAGAGCUCAAAUUAUUUGAGCAUCUGCGGAGAACUCUAUAGAAACCCAUGGAAUCACUUGAUCGUUUUGAAUGAUAUGAAUGAGUUGCUUGAGUUGGAGGGCAUCAAAGUAAAGCUUGUUUGGGAGGCUGUAUAGUGAACUUUUGUUUACUCUUGCUUUCUUAUAAUUAUUGGGAAAAGCUCAAAGUGCUCCCUGCCACCUUUUAAAGUAUUUGGGAUGAAUCCAAAUAGGUAAUCUUUGAAAAAGAAAAAGAAAUUUGGGCAGAACUACUAUUUUUUAUGGUUGAUAUUCACCCUAACCAGGAGAGAUUCAGCUGAGCCUAAUUUUUAAUAUCCUUUUUGAGUUGUGAAAAAGAGAGAGUCUAUGCUUAUUUUCCUUAAUGGCUUUAGAUCCUUUAGAUCCUUAUCACUUCUGGAUAUCUGAAGCUUGAAUAUUGUAAGCUUAUAUUAGACAUUUGCUGCUGAAGUUUCCUUUGUUCUUCUAUACAAAUGUGGAUGAAUAUAAGUUCUGACUUCUGAUAAAGUGUUUCUAGACCAGCUGUUUAUUUGUAAAGUGUUAAUAUUUCCUUGACUGCUAGUAUUGCUUCCCAUGGAUUAGGUGAAAGUCAUAUGAUGUCGUCUGCAAAUAAAUUGGUUGUAUGUGUUUUUUUUACCACUGAUUUGAAACCCCUGAAUUUUUGUGUCAUUUUUAAUUGUCAGCUAGUACUUCAACUGCAAUGGCAAAGAGCACUAGGGGAAGGGGACAGCCCUGCUUCGUACCCAGAAAUAGCUUGAUUGGGUUUGAAUCUAGCUAUUUUUCGGUUGGGCAUCAAACCUGUUUGGUCCUCAGAAAUGUACUCAGUGAUGAAAAGGGUGAUCCUAUUGGCCAAGAUAGCAGUUAAACAUUUCAAGCCCUGGUUCACUAAUGCUAUGGGGCGAUAUGAUCCCAGGGAGGAAUUGUCUUUGGCUUGCUGAGGUAGAACAACUAUUCUAGAUUGCUUCCAAGUCCCUGGGAUCACAGCCCCCUGCGUUACGCUGUUGAAGGAGGAAUGCAAAUUUCAGCAAAAAUUAUGAAAAAGCCAUCAAGCCCAGGUGCUAUAUGUCGUCCCCCCCACGCACCCCAGCACCGUUACAUGCAUUAAUACAAGAAUAAUGUGACGUCCUGAGACUUGCUUCUGUCCAAACAAACUAGACAGAUUGUGUAAACCGCCUGGAGAUGUGAAUUGUGGUGGUAGAUAAAUGUGUAAAAUAAAGAGACAUGACAUUAAAACGAUUCUUCCUUUCCUUCUAGGGGCAGAGGAGGAAAAGCCUAGUGGGAGGAGGCCCAUCACCUCCAGCAGCCUCAUGGUGGCUCGGAAGCUGCUGCUGUCUCCCCUGCUGCGGGAGCGUGGGGCUGCUUCCGGGAAGGACACCCUUUUCUUUGAUGGGCCAGCCCCUGUGGCUGGCCCAUCAAAGAAAAGGGUGAAGCACCCCAAAACAUCAAAGAGGCAGCCCCCCGCAGAAAGCAGCAGCAAGGGGAAGCCACCACAGGAGGGCAGACCAUCAGCCCUCCUGGGCAAGGCCGGUCUGCGUCGGGCUAACAAGGCACCAGGUGGGGGUGUGCCUUCUGGGGAGAAACCCCUUCCCCACCUGGGGGAGGGGAGACUCCCCAGAAGGAGGCUGGAGGCUGCGGGGGAUACAGCCAGGAGAUUGCUGCACAUCCCCAGGAGCAACCUGAGUCUGCACCUUGGGGAGGCUGGGCAGGGCGUCUCCCCGCUGGGGGGGAACCGUUUCUCGGGCUUGUCCCGAGAGACGGUUCUUCCCCAGAUCCCUUCAACUGGGAAGACGACCCUGACCCCAAUGGGGAGACCCCCGCCAAAGCCCUUGCCAUCAUGGCAACAUCCAUCUGCUUGGCGGGGGCCCGAACCAUUGCCAGCGCUCAUGAUCAAAGCGCUGGGGCCCCCCAAGGCAGACACAGAGCCUUGCUCCUGGGGACAUCCCCCCUCAGUCUCCAGCUCUGUGGCCAAACCACCGCCACCACACUUCCCACCGAAGCCACGCCCUUGGGAAGAACCACCAUCUCAUCUUUCCCAAGGGCCGUGGCUUCAGGUGCGAGCCCUACGCAGACCGGCUGAUGUGCCGGUGGCAACCCCUUGGCGGUGAGACAGCAGCAGUGGAAGGCCACCACCCAAAAUACCAUCGUCGGGGCUGCUGGAGGACCUCCACUAGGUCUCGCCCAUUCUGCCUUGCCAUGAUGGGAGAACUGGUUCUUCGCUGCCCUUGGGAUGAAUCACCAUCUCAACUUUCCCAAGGGCCGUGGCUUCAGGUGCAAGCCUUACAGAGACCAGCUGAUGUUCCGGUGGCAACACCUUGGCAGUGAGACAGCAGCAGUGGAAGGCCACUACCCCAAAUACCAUCAUCUGGGCUGCUGGAGCACCUCCACUAGGUCUCGCCAGUUCUGCCUUGUCAUGAUGGGAGAACUGGUCCUUUGCUGCCAUGAACCAAAGUGAGGACCCCUGUCCACUCUGGAUGAGACCUCUUCUGAGGAGCAGCAUUGGGUACAGAACCUGGACGUACUUCAGACCUCAGACGAUCCAGGACCCCCAAGAUCAUCUCAUGCCCCAAGGCCAGACGACUCACCAUUACCACCAGACACAGUGGGAUGCCACCACCCCAAAUACCAUCAUCUGGAGGACUCACCAUUACCAGUAGACUUGGAUUCUGAGGGGUCAGCAAGGUGUAGAUACUGGAGCCUAAGAAGCAGCAAUAACAACAUCACUGAAUGGAAUUGACAGGAAGGACAGAAGAAAUUAGGAACUAUGGAAGCAGAUUGGCAGCCUUUCUUUGUCUUUCCAGAAGAGGGACAGGCAGGGAUGCUCUUGGACAGCCACUGGCUGGUCUUUGCUCUCUAGAUCUGCUGCAGCAUCCAGAAUACUUCCCCAGAGAAGAGAAUGAAGAAUGAAGGACAGCUGGGUUGCCUGGAAAACAGAGUCAUCUUUGGAGCCUCGUUUGCAUAGCAGUUUUGAUUCAAGUGGGAAAGUCUUGAAACUGUCUUAUGGACUGUGGCCGAGGGAAUACAACCUCCACUCUGUGUUGGGACAUUCCUGUCCAUGUGGAAAAGACUUCAGCACAUUUUGUGCAUCACAGAAGCUAGGCUUCAGGAUCCAAACUAGGAGCCAAGAUCAAAGGGUUCAUCUCUUGGGUUGGUUAUCUAAAAAAUGUUGAUCCAUUUAACGCGGGAUGGAAACCGUGAAUUGGUUUCUAUACAUGUUGUGUCUUUGCUUGUUGAAUGUGUACCAUUUACAUUUGUCUUGGUAGCCUGUUUUGCAACAUUUAAGUAUGUUGUAUAUAUAUAUAUCCUUUGAAUGUUCUGAAGAGAAAAUAACACAUUUGGUAGACUGAAACUGUGGCAACUUGUGAAUAAAUCAUCCUCUGG